AAUUAAAAGCUGGGAUGUUAAUUUAUAAAGAGAGAAAUAAGAUAAGGUAAUGAAUAAAUGAAGCUCUUCAUCAAUGGAGACUGUCUGUCUCACUACUUGCUCGUUAAUUACUCCGACAAGAAACCAUAAUACUCGAAACCUUAAUUUGUGUUCUGCGCGUGUAAUUCGAUGUUGUUCUACUAAGACGCGUUCACGAACUGGUAAGGGGUGUUGGGAUUCAAAUGCCGAGGCUAACUGGACUGAUCGAUUCAAAAUCAAUUUUGGAGAUGAAUUGAAUGAUGAUAGUGAAUUUGAAGAUGAUGAAUACGUAGGUUUUGGAAGGAGAGAGAAACAAAGACGGAAUUGGUGGUCUGAUGAAGAUGAUAAUUCACCAGAGAUGGGAAGAGGUGGAGGAGGAGGAGGAGUUUGGGAAGAAGCUGUGGAUAAUAUUUGGAUCAUCAAGGUCUUUAGUGCCUUUGGUUGGUUGCUUCCAGCCGUUGUUGCAUCGUUGCUGUUGGCAUCGGGACCAAAAGCAUUCCUUAUGCCUUUAGCACUUCCACUUGGACAGUCGAUUCUUUCGUAUGCAAUUGAUAAACUGUUUGGAAGGAUAAAUAAAAACCGAAAACCUAGGUCAGGGACCAAGACAAAACCAUUUGCCAGAGGGAGCAGGGAUACUAUGAUGAGUGAGGAAGAGGAUGAAACAGAAAUGAGUCAGACCAGUGGGGGAAGGUCAGGGUAUCAGUCGUGGGUGGGAGCAGAUAAAAAUGGUCCAGUUAAACAGAAAGAUAAUCAGCGAGAAACCACUUUUGGUGGAUGGGAUGAGCUAGAUUUAGGUAGAAAAUCUGGUGAUGGGGCUACAAAGAGGUCUCCUAAAAAAAGAGGAGGUUUGUCAAGAGAGAUGAAAGGAAAAUUGACUAAGAAAGGGAGAAACAAAAGCACGCCCUUACUGAUCAGAUUGGUCAUUGCUGUUUUCCCAUUUCUUGGUUCAUGGAUUUUAGAGAAAUGAAAUAGCAUUAUUUGGUCAACUUACACACAUAUGUACUACUUGCGCAUAGAUGUACAUGCCCUUAUUAUGAGUCGUAUGGAAGUCUCCACGUCGACCGUACCCAAGGAGGUUGUUGUUCUGGUACGAGUCACCUGUUGCUGGGACCAAGAACCAACUAAUUUCUAUUGAUGUUACUUUUAAGUAUGUGGUGUUCAGGUGGAACUGGAAUGCACGCUCCCAUAUCUAAUGGCUUCAAUGUCGGUCGCUGUACAAAGCAUUUGCUUAAUGGACUUCCCUCCUUAAUCGUCACUAACACAAGAUCUCUAUGUUCAACAGAUGUAUCAAGGUGGUAAGUCGAACUCAAAUUUUGUAAGUGAUAUGUGCUUGAACCUUAGUCACCAGGAGCGGGAGCGAGGUCGGGAACGGGAGCGAGGUCGGAAUCGAAAUUCGUAAAAUUUUCAAAAAUGAAAUUCGGGGAGCGUGUAGGGAGCGUAAAUUAGAUUUCAUAGAUAUAGUAGUGUUGAGAGAGUUACAGUCAUUUGACAAUCUCUCUGAAACUGGUUUUCGUUUCAUUAUCUUUGUGGAGAAUCUCUAGAACCAUAAGAAGACCAAUUUGAAUUGGAAGGAGGGUGAAAAUUUGAGUUACCUGAAUACUGUGAAUUGUUGCCAUAAGUUGGAGUGUUAAUACUGUGAUUAUUCUGUGCAAA